UUGUUGUAGAAGGGAAUACAAAGCAAAACAAAGGGCGUUUUAAUUCACCAUUAUUGUUCCAUUCGUGAUAAUAGUAAAGGCAAUAUGGAUUCAGAUUCAUGGGCUACUUGCCCCUUUUGCGAUUCAUCACUGGCAUCACAACUUCUUGUGCACGCCAACUCUCAUUUUCGCGAUCUUGACGAUGGUUUUGGUUCACCCCUUCAAAUUCAUUCUCUUCCGAGAGAACAAGAAGACAAUGGUUCUCGGCAUGGUGGGACUAGUAGAGAUAAUGGGGAAUGCAAAGUGAAUGACAAAAUCUCUUGCCUGAUUGGUUCACAGACAAAGAGCAAGUUUUACAAAAUUGAGGUGGGUUUGAUGACCUUGUUGAGGAACUGUUUGGAGUCUGAAGCUGGAAAUUCAAAGAGCAUUUUGUCGGGUUUUGUCGAUCAUUUUCAGUGCCUUGAGUCUGAGGAUGCUGGAUGGGGGUGUGGAUGGCGUAACAUUCAAAUGCUUAGUUCUCACUUACAAGUGCAAAGACCAGAAGCAAGAAAAGCUUUGUUUGGUGGUUCGGGGUUUGUUCCUGAUAUUCCGUCUCUACAGAGAUGGGUUGAGAUUGCUUGGGAAAAGGGUUUUGAUGUGCCUGGGUCUGCUCAAUUCAAUCAUGUUAUUUAUGGUUCAAAAAAAUGGAUAGGAACUACUGAGUGUGCUGCUCUUUUGCGUUCCUUUGCUCUUCGGGCAAGAGUAGUGGAUUUUGGUCCCAAGGAAUCCCAAACUAUCCCUGGUUCAAGCUUUGAUAACACUAGAAAGAAAGCAAGUACUCAUAAUAUGGUUGAAGGAAAAGCUAAAAAGGAUGAGGCUUAUCAAGUUCUCAUGGAUUUUGUGUGGAAUUACUUUUCAGAUAAAAACUCAAUCCAAUUUGGUCAACAGCAUGUUGUGAUCAGUGAGAAAACGCCCUUGUACUUUCAACAUGAUGGCCAUUCAAGAACAAUAGUUGGAAUUCAAGUCAAACAUCAACAGAAAGGAAUUCUGCAAUAUAAUCUCCUAGUUUUGGACCCUGCACAUAGUACAGCAACUCUUGAAAGAUCACUAAGGCAGAAAGUUGGAUGGGAGAAACUCAUAAAAAGGGGAAUGCAUACACUGAAGAAGCCACAAUACCAGUUGUGUUAUGUUGAUUAUGGAAUUGCUAGCGAGGAGGAGAUGGAAGAACUCAAGACAAUUCACAGUGUCUUUCUUGAAUUUUAAACAAGCAUAUAAAGCACUUUGUUCCCUCCAGGCACUAUCUUAUAUUUCAUGU